AAAGGGCAAGACAGACUCAAACACAGUGAUAUCACUAGGGGCAAAAAGGUAAAUUGAACGCCACACCUCCUUCCUUAUAUUUGCCUACGAGUUCUCUUAAGAAGCAAACUGCACUGCAGUAAACAAGGAAUUUUCAUGUCUGCGGGAGAAACGGAGAGAUGAUGUAGAUCAAGGAAAAUAUCAUCCGGCUGAUUAAACGGAAAUAAUCUUUAGAAGAAAGCUGUAGUAGUAAUGGUAUUGUGAGGAGGCGGAGACGAUGAUAGGAGGAGAUGCAGGCGAAAGCACUGGUAGCGGCACUGCAGCGUCAUACGGAGGGAUGGCGGAGGCGCAGUACGCGACGGCCAAGACUUCGGUAUGGUGGGACAUAGAGAACUGCCAAGUGUCGAAGGGAUUCGACCCCCACUGUAUCGCUCAGAACAUCAGUUCUGCCCUCGUCAAGAUGAACUACUGUGGUCCUGUCUCCGUCUCCGCCUAUGGCGACACCAAUCGCAUCCCCGCCUCCGUCCAACAAGCCCUAUCUUCCACGGGAAUCGCCCUCAACCAUGUCCCCGCUGGUGUGAAGGAGGCCAGUGACAAGAAAAUUCUAGUUGACAUGCUGUUUUGGGCCGUGGACAACCCUGCCCCUGCAAAUUAUUUGCUGAUUUCUGGUGAUAGAGAUUUUUCUAAUGCUCUGCACCAGUUGCGGAUGAGGAGGUACAAUAUUUUAUUAGCACAACCACAAAAAGCGUCAGCCCCUCUUAUUGCUGCAGCAAAGACUAUAUGGCUAUGGACAAGCCUUGCAGCUGGAGGAUUCCCUCUUAAGAGCAGUGAGUUAUCACAGCUCUCAAAUGUUCAUAGGACCUCGAAUCCUGACACUUCACAUCCCCAAGUUCAUGAACCAGUCCAGUUCAGCCAAUCAAUGGCUCUCAAUUCUGCCCCUGAAAAGGUUGCUGAUAACAAAUACAAAGGAAAACACAUUCGGAAAAUGCCAAAUCAGCCUACCAUAUCUAGAAUCUCAAGUAUUCCAGUUGUAUCUCAAGAAAGUAAGAAUAAUGGUUACUCUUAUCAGCAGGAACAUAUGCAAGCAAAGCAGUUUAAGAAAGCUCCCCAUGAAUUCUUUAGUCCAGGUGAGCCUGUUGUCUCCUCAAGCAUGUUUCCCCGUUUUUUCCCAAACGAUCUUGAUACUUUAGCAGGUGGCGGAAGUACUGCCUUAGGUGACCCACAGAAUCAUUAUCCUCAUUCUUCAAGGCCAACUAGCUUCACAAUGCAACAAGCUUAUCUACCAGAGAAUCCACCAUCUCUUAAUCCAAAUAAUCUUGGUUUUCACCCCAUGCCACCAAGAAACGGUGGCCCCAGAUUUUCUUCAGCCCCAAUAACAAAUGUACUUGAUAUUGGUAAGCUUAGUACGUCUCAUUAUCCAAACUAUCCACAGACUCAUCCUAAUUUUAGUAAUAGAACUACGGAAGAGUUUAAAUCCUCUGCUGAGUCUUCCUAUCCAGCUAGCGCAAGUGCUCAACAGAAAGUUCAUAUGCUACACGAUGGCCAAGUAAUUAAGUGUGAUCCUCCAAACAUGUAUUCUCGUGGUCCUGAUUUCUCACCUGUAUCAUCUACGGUAGUUGCUAGCAUGGGUUCCAAGAAUAAGAUUUGGGGAACUCCAGGGUGCUCAGCACCUCCUGAAUACGUACAAGGCCUUAUUGGGAUUGUCUUACUUGCUUUAAACACUCUGAAGAUUGAAAAAAUUAUGCCUACUGAAGCAAACAUAACUGAUUGCAUCCGCUUUGGAGACCCAAAGCAUCGAGGUACUGAUGUAAGGAAGGCUCUCGAUAGUGCGAUUGAGCAUCAUAUGGCAGUCAUGCAAAACUUAGGCGAAUUGCAGUUGUACAUUGGUAAGAAUGAGAAACUAUGGAAGUGCGUGAAUCCUAUUGGUGGUAAUCCCAAUCAAUAUCCGAAAGCAACUUGGGAUGGAAUACAAAAGUUUCUGGCCUCACCUUCUGGCCGAUCGGCCAUAAUGGCCUCUAAAUGCAGGUAUGAAGCAGCUUUAAUUCUAAAACAGGGAUGUCUGAAGAAACUUGCUUUGGGUGACGUUCUCCAAGUCUUGAGUAUGGUAAUUUCAAUGAAGAAAUGGAUUAUUCACCAUCAAUCAGGAUGGCAACCAAUUAUGAUAAACCUAGCAGAGACUAAAACUGAAACAGGUACCAGAACUGGUGCUUGACUAAUUAAAAUUAGAUUGGUAUUUGAGAAGUGGUCUGACAGUGUGCUUAGGUCUGAGUUCUUGACUACAUUAAAGACACACUGAAUUUGGAAAUUUUGGGGUGUAGGUCACUUUAAAAGUACUUCUAAGCAUUUUAAGUAUUUGGUGCAACUAGGGCAGUGGUUUCUCUGAAAGAACAAAAAAAUUAAGAGAGAGAAAAGAAGAACCAUGGUGACAGAGACAGUGACUCUCGUAUUAUGGAAUAGAAUGAUGAGAACUUUCCUUUUUUCUUUUAGUUCCCUAGAAAGUUCUGGCAGUUCUAUUUGGGGAAAGAAAGCAUUCUACAGGUAUGGCUCUUGUUACAAUGUACUAGUCACAGUUAUAAGUGACAGCAGAAUCCUAAUGGGUUUUUGGAAGACUAUUACAGGUUGUCUGUCCAAAGGUCAUCCCUAGGAUAUUCUGAUCCAUGUUGGAGAUUGCUUUAUUAGAAUCAAAGUUGUAGCCUGACUUUUAUCUUGUAGAUGUAAUAGGUAUGAUACAUUUGCGUAAAAUGAUGUUUGGUUGAUUGGAAUUAAAAGUAGAAGCGCCCGUUCUAUUCUAUAGAUGUAAUUGGUGCAGGAGUUUUGGUUAAAGUGAUUCGUGGUUUCAGAUCCUAAAUGUGUAAGCAAGUUGUUAUGUUAAUUGUUGUCUGCUGUGGAGAUAUCUAGUGAUAUCUGCAGUUGUCAGCACUGUCAUAUAUGUUAUGGAGAGUGGAGACUUCUUGAUUCGAAGAGUAAAGCUCUGUCAGAAAUGAUGUUUUUAUGGAUGAGUUGAAAGGAAUGUAAUAAUUGAAGAACUAAGCACCUAUAUGUAUGUUACAUAUGCUUUUGAAGUAAGCGAGGCCAGGAAGUUAAAACACUUGGUGAUGCAGUGUUGAAGAGAAAAGUGGAGCUUAAUGAUUGUUUGCUCAUGUAAAUGGUUUACUAGUUGGAAUUCAUGAGGUAUGUAAGAAUUAGUUUUCUGAUAUUAAGGUGAAGGUGUUUGCUUCAGCUGUUAAGUGUUUCUGGUGUUCUUCCAAGUUUGUGUCUUAUGCAUUAUUAGAUAGAGAACAAGUGAAAGUGUGCGGGAUCCAGUACUAUUAAUGUUCAAAAGCAUGAUUUUGGAUGUGAACUUCAGUAUUGUUCAAAUUGUUCAUGUGUUUUUAUAGGGAUUUGCGGUGGGAGUUAAUAUUUGGGGGGUAGAUGAGUGAAAAGCAGCUGUUUAUGACAACUCUGGUUGAUGGCUUUUAAAGACGUUGAAGUAGAGUUCAGUGAAGUCUAUAACAUUCUCAAUCUGCAGUGAUUCAAUUCUCCAAUUGAUGUAAGAGAGCUUGAUAAUCUGUGGGAAUUAUUUGAUAACCUAUAUUUUGAAUUUGGUUAAUUUAGAUGUAGGUUUAGUUGAAAAUUAAACAUCUAUUAGCUUAUAACUGAAGUUAGAUUUGGCAUGACGAAACUGAAGUUGAGAAAGUAUUCAGGUGAAGAUUAUAUGGGCAUGGCUUUGUUUAUAUCGAAA